UCCUAUAUCCUCUUUGGAUGAAACCACCCACCUUCAAAUUUUUCCCAAACAUAGCAUGGAAGGAGCCUUUGAACGGUUUUAAAAACGCCACCUUUGGGCCGCACCGCCCCAGAUUUCACGUGUGCAUCUUAACUGAACUCUUAAACUAUUUGAAUUCCAUUCAGUUUAGACUUAUCCCAUCCCUUUCUCUCUUCCCUCCCCUGUUCUCUCUCCCUCUGUAUGCUCGCAGAGAGGAGUCGGAAGGAGGGAAAGGGAGAGGGGAGAAGAGAAAAGGGAGGCGCCUUGGUGUUGAUAUCUCUGGGAACCGGGAGAUGGAGUGGUGGAGAUGGUGGCUUCUAGCGGCGGCGGUUGUGGUGGCGAUGAUGGGGAGAGGAGUACAGGGGUAUCCGGAGGAGGACUUGGUGGUGGGGCUACCACGGCAGCCGAAGGUGGGGUUCAGGCAGUAUGCAGGGUAUGUGGAUGUGGAUGAGAAGGCAGGGAGGAGUCUCUUCUACUACUUCGCAGAGGCCGACGGCAAUGCCGACAAGAAGCCCCUCACCCUCUGGCUCAAUGGAGGCCCAGGUUGUUCUUCAAUUGGAGGUGGGGCAUUCACUGAACUGGGUCCAUUUUUCCCUAGGGGCGAUGGUCGGGGCCUUCGAAGGAACAAAAUGUCUUGGAAUAAAGCAUCAAAUCUUCUCUUUGUUGAAUCUCCUGCUGGUGUUGGAUGGUCUUACUCAAAUAGAACUUCUGAUUACACUUGUGGAGAUGAGUCAGCUGCUAAUGACUUGCAUGUAUUCCUGCUGCGGUGGUAUGACAAGUUUCCUGAGUUCAAGUCCAGGGACUUAUUUCUAACUGGAGAAAGCUAUGCAGGGCACUACAUACCACAGCUGGCCAAUGUACUUCUAAAUCAUAACAAGCAUUCAACUGGUUUCAAGUUCAAGAUCAAAGGAGUCGCUAUUGGGAAUCCACUUCUCAAGCUAGAUAGGGAUGCUCCAGCGACUUAUGAGUUUUUCUGGUCACACGGUAUGAUCUCUGAUGAGAUAGGCCUCGUCAUUAUGAAUGAAUGUGAUUUUGAAGAUUAUACCUUCGUGAGCCCCCACAAUAUGAGUGAAUCUUGCAAUGAUGCUCUUGCAAAGGCAAAUGACGUUGUUGGAGAAUACAUAAACAAUUAUGACGUGCUCAUUGACGUCUGCUACCCAGCAAUUGUAGAGCAGGAGUUAAGAUUACGAAAAUAUGCUACUAGGAUAAGUAUGGGGGUGGAUGUAUGCAUGACUUACGAAAGACAUUUCUACUUCAACCUUCCAGAAGUUCAGCAUGCUCUUCAUGCCAACAGGACUAAGUUGCCUUAUAGUUGGAGCAUGUGCAGUGAUGUUCUGAAUUACAGUGGCACAGAUCCCAAUAUCAACAUUCUUCCCUUGCUUAAGAGAAUAAUUAAGCAUCAGAUACCGGUAUGGAUUUUUAGUGGUGACCAAGAUUCUGUAGUGCCAUUCUUAGGCAGCCGAACGCUUGUGCGAGAACUCGCCCAUGAUCUAAAAUUUGGAGUUACACUCCCCUAUGGUGCUUGGUUCUACAAAGGCCAGGCUGGUGGCUGGUCAACGGAGUAUGGAAACCUAUUGACGUUUGCUACUGUGAGAGGUGCUGCUCAUAUGGUACCCUAUGCACAGCCAGCCAGAGCCCUCCGCCUCUUCAGAUCAUUUGUGAAUGGGCAAAGAUUGCCAAACACAACAUAUCCUCCCAUUGAUGAUGAUAACCUUCAAUAAUUCGCUCAAGUUGGAGACAUAGGCAGCAAGCAACAGUUUCUAGAGUUCAGAAUUCCAGCAUUUGUCUAUUACUCCUGCACUGGGGAAAUAAUUAAUUGAAUAAAUAAAUUGUUACUCAGUUUUUCUAGCCAAUUGCUGAAAAGCAGUGCAAUCCUGGAUUUGGACUGAAUCUUUAAUCUUCUUUGUGGCACUUGGUCCUGUUUGGUUUUUCUUUCAGCUACAGAUAUUCUUGGCUUACUACAAGAGGAUGAAAUUUAUCUGUUUGUAAUUGAAAAAGAAAACAUUUUUUACUA